UAAAUAGUUGAAUAUACUGAUCGUACAAAUCGUUGAUUACUUAUCCAUAUGAAAGCGCACGCAUUUAAUCCAUUGAAACAUUUUAUUAAUAGCUUUAUUUGAUAGGUGUGUCCAAACAAAUGGAUGAUUACUCUAAAUUUGGUUUAAACUUACUUUAAAUGUUAUUCAUUGAUAUAAUAUCCAAUACUUUUAUUAAUUGUCACUUAUAUUUUAUACAUUUGAUUACAAUUUACUUUACAUUUGAUAACUAAUCAAGGUGUUUUUGUUGUCAAGUUUGCGUAACGUUGUAUGUGUAUGAAUUAAUGUAAACAAUCUAGCACAAUCAAUUAUUGGAAAUUAUUGAAUAUAUUCCGCAAAUUUAUUAUUAUAUUUAGUGAAAAAUGUAUUUACUUUAUAAUUAUAAUAUCAUAAAAUUGACUUUUUUAGUACUUUUAAUAUGUUUUUUAAAUUAUUGUCAAAUUAAUGCAAAUGACAUAAAAGAAAUUAAAAAAUAUGACCUAAUGGUGGUGACUGUGGCCACUCAUAUCACCGAUGGAUUCGUCCGAUUUAACCGAUCAGUCAAUACUUAUGGUCUCAAAUUAGAGAUAUUGGGUUUAAACCAGAAAUGGUUGGGCGGAAAUGUGGCCACCAGUCCUGGCGGCGGACAUAAAGUCAAUUUGUUGAAGAGUUUUGUCAAUAACUUUAAAAAUGAUAAAAAUUUGAUUAUUCUGUUUGUCGACAGUUAUGAUGUGAUAAUAACAUCAAAUUCAGAUGAAAUACUCCGUCGAUUUGUUUCAAUGGACGCUAAAAUUGUUUUCUCAUCCGAGGGUUUCUGUUGGCCCGACAAGUCUUUGGCAUCUAAAUAUCCCGAGUCUGAAGAGGGAGGAAAACCAUAUUUAAAUUCUGGAGGAUUUAUUGGUUUUGCGCCACAAAUCUAUCAAAUGGUAUUAACCGCGGAGAUUAAUAACUUAGAUGACGACCAAUUGUUUUACACAAAAAUAUAUAUCAAUCAAACUUUAAGAAAAAAGUAUGGCAUUAAGUUAGACCAGAAGGCAAAUCUUUUCCAGAAUCUUAACGGUGCCAUCGGUGACGUUGAGAUCAAAUUUUCUGACGAUGACUCUUAUGUUAUCAAUAAUGUAUAUCAAACUAAUCCAUUGAUAAUCCACGGCAACGGAGCGUCUAAAAUAUCUUUGAACUCAUUGGGCAACUAUUUGGUCAAAUCAUGGCACCCGAAGUAUGGUUGUCUCAUUUGUAAUGAUAAUAUUACAAGUUUUGAAAACAUUUCCAAUACUGAUUUGCCACUUGUAUUGAUUGGUAUAUACAUAACACAUGAAACGCCAUUUUUGGACCAAUUUUUUGAGUAUAUCGUGAAUCAGAAUUAUCCACAAAAGCGAAUCCAUUUAUAUCUGUAUAACAGCGCUGACUAUCACUCUAAAGAAGUGCAAAAUUUUAUUGAUCAGUACAGAGAUGUUUAUAGAGGAGUCACUGUUUUUACUGCCGAAGAUCAUUGGCUACAACAAGAAUGGAGAGCAAGAAAUUCUGCUCUCGAUGAAUGUAUGAAAAUCAACUGCGAUUACUAUUUCUCAAUUGAUUCAAAUGCGAGACUCACUAACAAAGACACUCUUAAGCAACUAAUUCAACAAAAUAAAGGAGUGAUUGCACCACUACUUUCACGAAAUAGCCAGUUGUGGUCCAACUUUUGGGGAGCCCUAUCAUCUGAGGGUUUUUAUUCUCGUUCAUUUGAUUACAUACUGAUUGUUAAAAAUGAUCGCAGAGGUGUUUGGAACGUUGCCUUCAUUUCCGAGUGUUAUCUCAUAAAAUCAAGUCUUUUCAAAGGACUCGACAGCAAUGAAGUUGAGCCACAAUUUCCGCUCACAUAUUAUAGCACUCAAUAUCCCGACACCGAUCCUGACAUGACUUUCUGUUCAAUACUAAGAGAUAAAGGAGUCUUUAUGUUUGUCACAAACUCACAAGAUUUUGGUCAUCUAGUGGUCAGCUCUACGUUUGACACAAAACGAUUAAAUCCUGAUUUAUAUGAGAUGUAUUCAAAUCAAAAAGAUUGGGAAAAACGAUACAUUCAUGAAGAUUAUAGAAAUAUAUUAAACGCUGAAACACAAGUGGAACAGCCCUGUCCUGAUGUCUACUGGUUCCCAGUAGUGACACAUGCCUUUUGUAAACAUCUAAUUGAAAUAAUGGAAAAUUUUGGCCAAUGGUCUGAUGGAACUAAUAAAGACACGAGACUAGCGGGCGGUUAUGAGAAUGUGCCCACAAGAGACAUACAUAUGAAUCAGAUUGGAUGGGAACAGCAUUGGCUGUAUUUCUUAAGAGAAUAUAUUAGACCCGUUCAGGAAAAACUCUUUAUUGGUUACUCUCAUGAUCCUCCCAAAGCAAUAAUGAAUUUUGUGGUCCGCUAUCAUCCUAAUGAACAACCAUUACUUCGUCCACAUCACGACUCAUCCACUUAUACCGUAAACAUUGCUCUCAACUCUCCUGGCAUUGAUUACGAGGGUGGGGGCUGUCGUUUUGUGCGAUAUAAUUGUAGUGUAACUGAGCCACGAAUGGGAUGGAGUUUUUUACAUCCCGGAAGACUCACUCAUUAUCACGAAGGACUUCGUGUGACUAAAGGCAUCCGUUAUAUUCUCGUCUCAUUUGUCGACCCAUAAGUUGACUAUAUUUUACUGCAUAUCUAUAAGCAAUAAAGUAUAUCCAUUGAUAAGACGGCAGCUUUGAUGCCAUUUUCAUAUUUAUAUCAAAAAUUUUAAUUUCAUUUUUUAAAAUUUUAAUUUCAUUUUUUAAAAUUUUAAUUUGUGCCAAAUAUUACUAUAUUUAUAAAAUUAUGUUUUACUAUUCUAUUACACUAAU